UACAGUGGUUUUCCGCGCUUACGCAAGUCCCGGUAUACCGCGUAUACCUGACAUCGACAUAAUUUCAUUGUUUUGACACGGUGUCCGGAUUUACGCGUAUACGAAUACACCGCGGCGUUCAAUAAAAUAUACUUACAAAUGUAGCGUACACGCCAUGUCCGCGGUGUAUCGUCCAAAUAGAAUGAUAUUAUCACAUUUAUCCACACGAUUGUCGUUACGUUAAAAUAUCAUGCUGACGUUUUGACGGAGAACGUCGGUGGCGGCAGCCCUACGCACCGCACACAGUCACCCGUCGCGAUUUACAAACGACGGUUUCGGUCCGACGACAAUUAUUAUUGGACUCCCGAAGAUAUUACGCGGGCGCAAGUGCGCAACCAACUCUGCGCGCUACGCCAGUAAACAAUACCAAUAAAAUAUACGAUACAUCUGCGUACGUUAUUACGAUAAAAGACACCGCAGCUUCCAGCACCCCGGUUUGCAGUGUUCCAAAUCCUCUCAGCUUCUGGACCAUAACGAAACGUAUCUCGCAGAGCCGUCCGCAGUACUCGGCAGCAGCAGCAGCAGCGGCGGCAGCGGCGGCGGUAGUAUUAUAACGAUGAUGUUAUAAUUUUAGCGCCGAACAAUUGUCAGUAGACCGUAAUUAGUAGUACGGGUACAGUUUAUACUGAAGAUAAUAAAUAUUUUGCAUAUCUAAAUGGAUGGAGUUCAAAGAAAUUUCAGUAUGAUGGCCGAGAAAAUCGAUAGAAUGCGAUGUUUAAGGGAACGAUGCGACAAUUAUGUUAGACUAAUAAAACUGACACUCGAUGAAACAAUCAAAGAACAAAAUUCGCUUUUGGAUGGAUCAGCUAUUCAUAAUAGACUAAAAUAUUUAGGUGUAUUGGAUAAACCUAAAUCAUUAUCAAACACAUUCAACACUGAUAAAUAUCAUAAAAAUAUAGAUUUUAAUAACAAAUACAAGUAUUUGGUGUUUGAUGAUGAUUUGAGUUUUAGGCAACAUAAAAAUAAAUCUAACUUAAAUAAAAAUGAUAUGUAUUUAUCAAAUUAUUAUAGCAAAUACAAAACUAACUAUGAACCACAAGUACAUGAUUUUUCCGCAGUAUAUGAUAACCAGAAUAACCCAUAUUAUAUGCCAAUCAAUCAUAAAAAAUAUAGAAAACCAAUUAACUUUCGAACAUUGAAUACUCAAGAAUACCAAGUGUAUUAUUUUCCUACAUCAAAUUCUAUACCUCAAUAUCCUCGACAAACCACUGAAGGAUUUUAUAGACGGAAACCUAUUAAACAAUAUCCAGAAGAAGAAGUUCCUUAUUGGCCAACACGGUAUCCAAAACCAGUGAGAGUUGUAGAACGAGAACCAUCGUAUUCAAUGAUUGAUUACGGUUACCGAGGCACAAAUAAUUAUCGCUUUGGCAAAUCAAAUUUUGAGCCAUAUUCACCUGAACACCGUACAAGAUAUUAUCCAACAAAUGAUAAUAAUAUUUAUCGUGGUCAUGAUGAUAGUGAUUAUUAUUACGAACCUCAUAUGGGGCAACGAUCGUUUUCUAGUAUAACAAGACCAUGUUCACCCGUAUAUAAUCGAGAUAUUUUAUAUGAUAGAACUCAAUUAGAAAAUUCCAGCAGUUUACUUGAAAAAAAAAUCCGAGAUUAUGUGUGGAAUCCACAUAAAGAACGUGUUGAAAAAUAUAUGAUUCCAAGUUAUGAAAAUACCAAAUAUUACACUGAUUUUAAACCAUUAAAUAUUAAACACAAAGGAGAUGAAACAUUCAGAACACGUUCAUCAUUAGGAUUAGAUUCUCGGGUACGAAAUCAAAGAAACGAAAUAAUCAAUGAAAAUGCGUAUAACAAAAACUCAAUACUUACGUCACCCGAAAGAAAAUUUGUAGAUGACGAAAUUCUUCAAUCACAUAAAGAAAAUGAUCAUUAUUCUGAGUACACAUCAAAUAAAAAAAAAACUGAAAGUCCUUCAACUUUUCCAAAGCGAAUUAGUUUUGAUCUAGGUAAAGAGUAUAAUGAUCUACCUACUCACAUAAAUUUAACGGAAGAAAAUACUAAUGAAAAUUAUAUCACAAAAGACCAUAAAUUAGUUUUAGAGAGAAAAGAAUCAAUUACAAAAAUCGAUGAUAAGCGUCGAAAAUCGUUAUUGCCAAAUGAUGAUUAUUCAGUUCCAAUAAGUAAACAACGAAUUUCACCAAGUAAUACAAAUGUAAAUUCAAGAAGACAGUCUUUAAGUAAACAAGAAAAGUUAGCUUCAAUCGGAAAUUCUUUUGAAUCUGAAACAUAUUUAAAUUCGAAAAAUAAUUAUCAAGGAAACGAUUCAAGUUUAUCAGAAAAAAAUGUUCAUUUUUAUAAUAAUGAUAGAAUAAGUUAUGAUAAUAAUAAUGAUAUUAAGAUUUACUCGGAAACACAAGAUGAUAAAAACAAUGUUGUGCUUAAAAAUGAAAAUACAUAUCGUGAUUUCAGACGUGAUAGUAAUGAUAAUAGCAAAAAAAAAUCAAUGGAGACUACAGAUAAAACCAAUUUCAAUUAUCAAGAUCACGCAGAAAAUAGUAAAAAUUUAAAGGAUAAAUUAAAUGCCACAGAACGAAGAGAAAGUUACAAAGGCAGUCAAAAAUUUAAAAUAGAAAAUACUCAUGAAAUUGCAAGUUCAAAUGAUGUGGAUAAUAAAAUAGACAACGAAUAUAAUAACAAAAAUAGUGCAAAUGUAUCACCUAAAAAUAAAGUUAACUCACCCAUAACUGAUCAAGGUAAUAGUAUUAAUAAUAUAAAAAAUUACAAUAUGAAUGAGUAUGAAACUGAUCAGUUUCAACAAUUUACUAAUAUAAAUGAUAGUGUGGGAAAACAAAACAAUUCUGAAACUAUUCAACCAUAUAAUAAUGUUGUUAAUGAUUCGAACGAUGAAAUAGAUAAUACUAAUACCGUAAAACAAGUUAAUUCUGAUUACAAAACAACUCCAAAAGACCAAGAUUCAUUACAUGAAAUUUCGAAUAUCGAACUAACGAAUAAUACAAAUUAUUAUCAAGAUCAUUCUGAUGACGACCAUAUAAAAGAACACCAAACUCAUGGAUAUGACACACAACCGGAACACGUUACUAACGAUGAUCAUUUUUAUCCAGAUGAAAUUGUCGAUAAUAACAAACGUAUCAUCAACAACAACAUCGAACCCAAUCAACAAAACAAAUUUGAUGACGAAAACAAUGUACACGAUGAGUAUUAUUACCAAAAUCCUGCAAACGACAAAGAAGAAAAUCUAAUGAAAAACCAAUACGAGAAUCCCGAUUCCCAAGUAAAUAAUGUCGACAACCAAAACACUAAUGAUGAUUAUUAUUAUCAAAAUUAUUCUAAUGCUGACCCAAAAGAACAACAAGAAAAUCAAUAUUCCGAAUCUGGUGAAAAAGGAGAAUAUGCAGGUGAGCACGCCGAGCACGAUGAUUAUUACUAUCAAAAUCAUGCAAGAGAUGACAUAAAAGAACAACAUGAAGAUCAACGGUAUGUCGACUCUAACUAUCAGGGAGAUUACGUCGAUCAGACACCAGCUCACGAUGAUUACUAUUAUCAAGACUAUUCUAAUGUUGACCCAAAAGUACAACCAGAAAAUCAAUACGCCGAAUCUGAUCACCAAGGAGAAUACGUAGCUGAGCAAAUGCCCCAUGACGAUUACUAUUACCAAAAUCAUCCAGAGGAAGGUACCAACGAAAGUCAAGUCAAUCAGCACUAUCAGGAGCAUCAAGGAAAUUACAUCAAUGAAGAGCAAGACAAUAAUUAUUAUUACGAGAAUAAUCCUAAUGUGAACAUAGAAAGGCAUCCCGAAGGCCAAUACGACGAACACGCUCAACAGGAAACGUACGCAGGUGAUCAUCACGCGAACGACGGUUACUAUUAUCAAGAAGGCGAUACAAACUACAACGAAUCUGUUUCCAAAGAACAGUAUGACGGUUAUGUUGAUAGCAAUCACGAUGCUAAUGCCGCUUAUUAUCCAGAAUCAAAUGUCGAACAUUACGACCAGCAACAACACGAGUAUGAAAACAAUAGUUACCCGACACAAAAAGCAGACUACAUAGAACCGUAUGAACAAAACUCUAAGAACGAAAAUAAUGAUUAUUCCGAAAACGUCGAUGGAAGUCAACCGACGAGUCAAAUUGCCAACGAACAAAAAUAAUUUUACUACAAUGACGAUCGAUUAAAAAAUAAUGCUUACUUAUAUAAUAUUAUACAUGAAAAUAAUAUUAAUGUUUAUUUAUAGAAAAAAGUAAUCCGGUUUUGUCACUAUCAUUUUAAGUGAAAUUUAUUGUAAAAUAAAUUGUAAUAUUAUAUCAUUUAGUACGUUUAUUUUAUUGAAGU